AUGGGCGGCAGACUGUCCGUUCCAAAAGGGCCUGCGGGUACCACCGAAAUGAGCCACCCUAGAGCCUCGCCCUACCCUCGUCGCAAACUGCCUUUCAACUCGCGGACCAUCAUUGCUCCCGCCGCUGCCUUCACAAUGGCUUGCAUACUCUUCGUCUACACAAGAACCUCAAUCCGCGCCGCCAAAGCAAAUGCCCAGAGACAUCGCGAUGCCGACAGUGGUGGUGAAGGUCUCGAUCUACUGGCCGAGAGCAGGAGAAGACAUGGUCGUGCUGAGAAGCUAGACCAGGGUGGUGGUACUCUAUCCGAGCUAGCACAUGGUGCUAGAGAGCAGUUCUUGGGCUCCUCUAAGUCUGCUUCUCAGCCUGAAAAGUUGAAGGGUCGCUCGCCAAUCUCUGAGAACGAGGAGAAGCUGAGAGCUGCCAUGGGCAAGAAGAGCGAUGAUUCCGCAUCAUGA